AUUAGGCGCUUGAAUGCGUCGUUUGUUGCGAGACGAGCAGAAUUUUCGCAGGUGAAUUGACAAGAAUGCAAAUUCGAACGUAAAAGAGCGGCGUUCCCUCAUCCUCGACAAGUGAAAUUUCGAUUUAGGCGGUUGCUAUGCGGUUUUUUUCGACCUGUGACAACGAGAACGGAUUUAACUGGACUUAACCUCCCAGUCCAGGUGGCUCGUGUUUGAAACGUCAAUUGUGAUUUCCUGUUAUCUCUCCAUAUGGUGAUUGCGUUCGCUGACAGCACGAAGCACCUCCGAUCAGUCUGAUCCUCGUAAGAUCUUGCUUCUGCAUCUGAUUUCGACGCGACACGAUGGCACCGCAAUUGCAGAUCUUGUCGAACAUUCUGCAGCGACUAGAAAACGUGGAAGCCACAACAACUGGUUAUCUUUAUGGUAUUAUGUACAAUGAUACCCUCGUAGUUUUGACAUUCAGUAUAAGUUCGCGUAACGACGAGGAUAAGAACAUACCGGAUUCAAUGACGAUGCAGUUGAAUCUACCUGCAGAUAUAUAUUUCUGUGGCAUAUUACAUACUGGCGAAUGUGAAGAAGUAGAUACUGCCGUUUUCAAGGACAUCGAUAUUACCGAUAAUCCGUUGCUUUUAAAAUAUUUGCAUACUACGUCAGACAUACAAGCGUACUUUUAUGUGCAUCAAAAACUGGAAGCUGUAAAUAAUUUCAGUAUUAUUACCGAAGAUGAUCUUUCUCGACAGUUUGUGUAUAUUAGAUUACAAGCGACUCUGCCGUUGGUUGCUCAGGAUGGGAACGUAACGGAAGCUUUACAAGAGUCGCGAAAAAAUAUCGCAUCUGGAAAAAUAGGGAUACAUUUUCCUUUGAACAAUGCAUACCUCUUCAGAACUGAUGACAAUUUAAAAGAUACAAUGUUAAAAGAUAUUUUACUUGUGUCUAAAGACCAGGAGAAACUUUCCACUGGAACAAGUAAUAUAGUUGGACCUGUGAACAUUAUACAUGCAAAUAUGUUAUUAAAGAUAUCAAGCGAUAGAAAUUCCGAAGAAUCUGUCAGAUAUGCUCCCGUCUUGCAACACAUCAAAAAAUCCUUCGACAGUUUAGAAUGCAAUUUACACAUCGAUGCAUUGUCACUGGUAAACUUGAAUGUAAAAUCAGCCGACGUGCACGCGAUUCUGGUGGAAUCCACUUGCCGGAACAUUAGACUAAUUGAAAUACAACAAGAAAAUCAGUCUGAAAAUAUAAAACUGCCUACAAAAUUACCUGAAGUCAUGCAUUUUAAACCUCAAGGCUGUGGACAUUUAUUUACAGUAGUAUAUCCUGACAAUUCUACUAACGAUAACACAAUGGAAUAUCGCAAGGCUUUACACAAGGCUUUAGCGUUAGAUUUAACUAGACCGUAUUUUCGACGUGGAACGUCCGUCAAAUUUGACACACAGGCAAAUGAGAUACUUAUAAAUCCUCAUCGAGCUCUUUUAUACAAAGGUGUUGCAGGAAAACUCAGUAUUGUGGACGGUUUGUAUUCGUAUCAUCAUUAUAUGCAAGAUAAUUUUGAUGACAAUGGAUGGGGAUGUGCCUAUAGAUCUCUCCAAACCAUCAUUUCAUGGUACAGAUUACAGGGUUAUAGUGAAGUAUCAAUACCAUCUCAUCGCAAAAUACAACAGUGUCUAAUCGAUAUAGGCGAUAAACCUUUUGCCUUCCUUGGUAGUAGACAAUGGAUUGGUUCAACUGAAGUGAGUUUUGUACUGCAGACUCUCCUCAACAUAGAUGUAAAGAUACUUCGUGCAUCAAGCGGAGAAGAGAUGCUGGCCUUAAUCCCACAAAUUGCAGAUCAUUUUGAUACACAGGGCACACCUAUCAUGAUUGGUGGAGGAGUGCUAGCUCAUACAAUUCUAGGAGUUAGUUACGACGAAAAUUCUGGAGAGGGAAAGUUCUUAAUUCUAGAUCCACAUUACACAGGUACAGAACACUUGCCUACCGUAAUAAGUAAGGGAUGGUGUGGAUGGAAAACAAAAGAUUUUUGGAAAAAGGAUGCAUUUUACAACAUGUGCCUUCCACAAAGGCCUAUAGCUUUCUGAUAUUAAAUACAUCGUAUAUGUACAUAAUCUAAUUUUCUAAAUGUAAUCAAAGUAAAAUUCUCUGUUACAUAUUCACAUCAUAUAUGCACAUAUAUGUAUAGAAUAAUUUUCACAAUGUAUUGCAUUACUGCAACAUUUGUAACAUUUCGUUUCACUUGUGCAAUACAUGCAACAGUGGAAUAAAAACAAUGAAU